UGUGUCAGUUAACCAAGCGAAAAUUUUGAAAGCUUCUUGAUAUUUUGAUCGAAUUUCAUUGCAAAGGUGUUAAGUGCACAUGUGCACCACAUAUUUUCACUUAACAAAGUUCAGCUGAACGUAAUUCUAAAAACAUGACUAGAACUCUGCAAAUCGGAGCAGCAUUCGACAAGUUGCCUCGGAGCGAAAAUCAUUCUACCGAAUUGAAACCCUCCAAUACAAGGUUACCUCCUUUCCGCCCUUCGCAUGAUUGCUUAAAACAGCCAAAUCAUGAAACUAGUGCAGCGCAGAUGAUGGAGCUGUCGAAGCCGAAACGCAAGGAAUGUCACCACAAGCUGCGUCACGUUAGAACCUUUACCAGAGACUUUCGAAAGAUGGGACUGUGCGGCAGAAAUUGUUACGUCUGCAGAUUAAAAUUCGAGAAUGAAUCGGAAGAGAAUGAGCAUCGGCUCAAGCAUGGGCAGGAGUUUCGUUUCAUUCGCCAGCUGGACGACUGCAUCCAGGAGGAUGCCGUAUUCCACAUUCGACUAGACUAUCGGCCUGACUUUGCCAAGACGCUCGUUUACGUCCGAAACGUCUCGUCCUAUCCGAUCGUCGUGCUAACGAUGGCCUAUUUGCACCGGGUGGAUGGUCAACUGAUGACGCUCUUUGAGUGCGAUCUUCGCAUCCCCUGGGGAUCGGUGACCAACUUUUCGUUUCGAAGUUCUUGUUUGUCGGCAGUUAAUCGAAAUUUCGCCUUGGUUCUUGUUGGAAUGGUCGACACGAAGACGGAAGUACUUGAACAGUAUUACUUGCAGGUUGAUGAAUUGUGUCACUUUCUGAGCGAGCAACUGGCUGAGAAGAAGCCGCUAAUUCACUGUGCACCCCUAAACAGCUAUCCGGUACCGAAGCUGAUCAAAGAUUUGUACGCGAAUGAUUUUUCACUGAAUAUAAGCGACCGGUUUGCGGGGGCCAAAGCUCUUCUGGAGAGGCUAGAAACUUUCAAACGCCAGGGUCUACGUCCCGAGAACUACAUAGAGUAUCUUAACGUGCUGAACCAGAUUGAAGAUAUUGACCUGCAGGUUGAGUAUCUGAAAUAUCGGAUUAAAAAGGCAAUACUUGUGCCCGGAAUUUCCGAAAAGUUUUACCGUUUGUCGAUCGACCAAUUCGAUGUAGCCCCUACGCUGCUGGACGAAGAAUGCGGCGUGAAAAUCAUUAUUCCAAGCGAGUUCGAAGAAAAAUGCUUUGUAGGUUCCAUCCACAAUAUCCACCCGGACUACAUGGUGAUUCACGUGAACAUUCCGCUUCCGCCGGCACCGUUCUAUAAGAUUGUUUUCGAGCUGAACCGCCUCAGCUUCCAGAUGGAAUAUUACGCUCUGUCACUAUUGCAAAAAUUUGACUUUGCUAAGCUGAUGUUUCCUGACGAGCCACCGAAAAAAGAGAUGGUCUACAAAGACUUUGUUUGGAGCAGCAAAAAUGUAUCCAGCAACCGCGAGCAAAUGGCUGCCGUAGAGAACAUAGUCAAUCGCACGGCUUUUCCCGCUCCCUAUAUACUGUUUGGUCCACCAGGCACAGGAAAGACAUCCACACUGGUCGAAGCUGUGGUACAAAUCUGUAAACUGCAACCGAAGUCGCACAUUCUAGUGGCCGCCUCAUCCAAUUUUUCAUGUGAUGAAUUCACCAAACGCCUGUUGGAGUUCAUUCCCGCCAGCGAUGUUUUUCGGUAUCUAUCGAAGACCAGCGAGAAAAACGUUCUUCACAUGGACGAAGCCGUCGUCGGUAUUUCUAACUUAGCGUCAGGUACAUACUCUGUUCCUUCCUGGCACGAUAUAUACAACAAUCGCGUGGUGGUGGCCACUGUUACAAUGUGUGGCCGCUUGGCUCAGGCAAAAGUGGAUCCUAAUCACUUCAAUUACAUAUUCAUCGAUGAAGCUGGAAGUACAAAGGAAGUUUCGGCACUGAUUCCGAUCGCCGGCAUCGGAACGAAUGGAAAGCAAAUUACUGCCAGUGUAAUACUGUCCGGUGACCCUAAGCAGCUUGGACCGGUUAUACGAUACAGUUACCUACUGGACACUGUACAGCAAAUAUCAAUGCUGGAAAGAUUGAUGAAUCACGACGUAUACAGGAAAAAACCAACCGGCGAAUACAAUCCAUUGGUCAUGACGAAACUAUUGGAUAAUUAUCGGUCUCAUCGUUACAUGUUAGAGUUUCCUAACUAUGCCUUUUACGAAGGAGAUCUUCGCUCGCAAGCUCCGUCCGGAGCAACGGAUUGGGCUUUAGGUUGGUUGGAAUUGCCGAGAAAAAAUUUCCCCAUGUUUUUUCAUUCUAUACGAGGAAUUACCGAGAAAGACCCGCAAUCAAGUAGUCUCUACAAUCGACAGGAAGCAGACCAGAUCAUAUUUUACCUAAAUAAAAUCCUAAAGGAAAGAAUCUGCAAUCGAGCGGUGAGUGAACAGGAAAUCGGAAUCAUUUCGCCCUACACGAAACAGGUUCAACUCAUCAAAACGCUUUGCAAGAACAACAACUGGACCAACGUGGAAGUAGGCUCGACCGAGCAGUACCAGGGCCGGGAGAAGCCGGUCGUAUUGAUCUCAACCGUGCGUUCCGGAACGUCAACGGUAGGAUUUCUGAGCAACGAGAAACGGCUUAAUGUGGCAACCACGCGGGCAAGAGCGCUGAUGGUAAUUGUCGGCAAUCCGGACACACUGCAGCGUGAUUUGCACUGGUACUCGCUGCUGAAGUAUUGCGUCGACAACCGCGCAUGCAAGGGCAGCGAGUUUCAUCUGAUUCCACCCUACAAGCAGAGCCAGUUUAUAGGCGAAUCGGCCACGAGCAAACGUUGUGUCAGUGAGUUUUUUUAGAGCUGUUGGGCUCUCAGUUGCAUACCUUGACGGUAUGGCAAAAAAAUUAUACAGUAAGUUAUUUAGCGCUGGUAAGAGCUUCUUGGUGAAUUGAUUGGUUCACGCACAUUUUUUAAUAACAAUCACAUUAUUAAUUUUAUUCACUUUUACAAAUUCUUUUCACAUGUUUCCAGUUUAUUUGAUCAUUACCUGUAUUAUCGAAAAAUACAGCUUGAUUUUUUUUGCGAAGAAUGAAAGUUUCGCUAUCAGAUUAAAGAAAAUGU